UAUCCGCAAUUCCUCUCUCUCGGGGGGGGAAGAGAGAGAGAGCGAGCAACUUCCCGAGCUCCUCACCAAAAGACAGGAAGAGAGAGGCCAAAGAAGUCCCGAGGGAGAAAGAGGGGGCGGGGGAUGGAAGGAGAGGGUUCGACAGAGACAGUGUCCCCGGAGCCGCUGCUCCGGCCGUCCCGGGAGCCGGCCCGGACGAGCUGGCUGGCGGCCACUCUGGGGCAGGCGUUGGGCCAGCGGGGGUCCUCGAUGCUGGUGCGCGAGACGGCCGCGCUCCAGCUGGAGGAGCGGCGCGCCGACUGGGCGUAUUCACGGCCGGUGGUGGCGCUCGACAUCGCGUGGAAUCUGGCCUUUGUCGCCGUGUCCGUCGCCGUGCUGGGAGCCACCAUCGACGAGCAGCCCAACACGCGGGUCCGGCUCUGGAUCGCGGGGUACGCGGUCCAGUGCCUGGUCCACGUGGCGCUGGUCUGGACGGAGUACCGGCGGCGGAGCGCGCGGCGGCUCGGGGUGGAGGAGCGUGGCGGUGUUGAGAGGGCGCGGUCGGACUCUGAUGCCGGGGACAGCGAGGAGGAUGGGGAGGAGGGCGGAACGGGGAGAAGCCAGCAGUCUAGGUAGGGGCAGAUUCAUUUU